CGAGUUCCGGCAGUCAGUCUUGGUUCAGGCGCGGGCUCUUCACCACACACAUGUAGAAAAGAAUCGCGCGCGCGGUCCGGCGGUUUUCGGGAAAACUUUUUUUUUCUCUCCCUCCUCCUCGGCGGGAUUUUCCACACUUUUCCGUGACCUCUUCGUGCGUCCUUUUGGCUGUUUUUUCUUAGAAGCGAGAAAAAGUGGAAAUAAACAUCAUCGUAGUAGGCUGUUUUUGACGGAACCACCUUUGACGUCGUUGUUGGAGCUAGCUGUUGUGUUUGCGGGAGAGAUAUUGUUCCACUUGGGAAGAUUUUAUCGAAUGUUGGUGCAUGUUGUUACAGCGAUUGAUAGCCAACGGGGUGAAGGAUUCGGCUCAGCUGACACUUGUUGAGCCUGCGUGUGUAGUGGUGUGAUCUGCCGGAUCAACUGGUGGGCCCAGCAUCAACACUAUUGUCGCGAAGAGCAAGAAUAUCGAGAAGAAAACAAGUGAUAACGAAACAACAACAAAAAAAUAGAGUUCGCACCACGCUCGGCAGGAGCACAUUUUCGUGUGGUGUUGGUGUGUGCGAUUGAUAACGCGUGAAAUAUCAACGAGUGGCCUUGAAGUGUGAAACGAGUGAGAGCGCUAAAUUUCGGCGAAAAAAUCGCAAAUUGUUGAUCGUGUGGUAGUGGGGGAGUGAGGAAGAGAGGGAGGUGAUUGCUCGAAAGUGAGAAGUUUGACAACAACAACAAGAGUUCAAGAAAAUAUAAAAGAGUGAAUGACAACUGAUCAGCGGCGGCAGCAGCAGGUUUCAACGGUAUAGUUUGUGUGUGUCCGCAGAAUGCCAACGAACAACGGUGAAAUGUAGUUUUUCAACAAUCACUUUGGCAGUGGAAUUGUGAAGCAAAACAAAGAUUUACCCGAGUGGGCGAAAAAAGUGGUUUCAAACAAGUGCAAAAAAAAAUGUUUCGCAGUGAACGACAAAACUGGUGCUCCAAGUUAACCUCAAAGCGAUCGGCGAUUAAAAUGCAUCACUAACGGCUGAAAAGUCACGUCUGGGCCAAACUGGAUCCGCCAAACGAACCUUGCCGGAGUAGCAGCAGCACUAACUCCAGUGGCCAUCAACCUGCUGGACAGGUCACCGAAAUGAGUGUCUCGCCGGGUUACGCGACCCUCGGUGAUCACCAUGGGUCCUCCCGGUACUACCCCCAUCACCAUCACCACCACCAGCAGCCCGGUCCCAGCUACUACGGGGAUGACUACCCGGACAACCGGUACGAUCCGUCCUCGGUCGGGUGUUACCCGAUGCAACAGCAACCUCAACAGUACAACCAAAACUACCCGCCACCUCCGCCGCCGCCCAUGUACUCGGGUCCGCACGACGAUCGGUUAAGCUUCCCGACGGCGGCCGGGUACCAUCCGGGUGGUCCGGAAGGUCCCAGCCCGGGACCGCAGGAGAUUGCCAUGAUCAACCACGCCGGGGUCAGCUAUGGGCAUCAGAUGCCGUGGUAUGGGGGGCCACCGAGGGCAUACCCAAUUCCGCCGGGGCACAUGUACAACAUGUACCACUUUAACAGGUACGACUACGAAGACUCCAAAGCCGCCUGCAAAAUCCUAAAUGGCCGCGAAGCGCGAAAUCGAGCGGAGAAGAACCGCCGCGACAAGCUCAACGGCUCGAUCCAGGAACUGUCCGGGAUGGUGCCGCACGUGGCCGAAUCGCCCCGCCGGAUGGACAAAACCGCCGUCCUGCGGCUAUCCGCCCACGCCCUGCGCGUGGACUACGUGUUUGGCAAGACCAGCCCCAAACCGGAGACCAAGCCGGUGGUGGUCCAGCAGCCGGAGGUGCAGGACACGCUGUUCCGGAUGCUGAACGGGUUCCUGCUGACGGUCACGUGCCGCGGCCAGAUCGUGCUGGUGUCCGCCUCGGUCGAGCAGUUCCUCGGCCACUGUCAGACCGACCUGUACGGGCAGAGUUUGUACGGGAUGGUCCACCCGGACGAUCUGGCCCUGCUCAAGCAACAGCUAGUGCCAACCAACCUGGUCAACUUGUUCGAGUCAAGCGCGCCCGCCAGUUCCUCGUCGUCUUCACGCACCGCGGAAAGCAACGAGGACCUCCAGAAACGGUCCCGCGACGAGGAGGCGGAAAUUGACGAAAAGCUGCGCCAGGACCGGCGGAGGUUUAACCUAAGAAUCGCUCGAGCCGGACCCCGGUCGGAACCGACGGCGUACGAGAUGGUCACCGUCGACGGGUGCUUCAGGAGGGCGGACGCCGCCCCGCGGGGCCUCAAGUCGAGUGGCCCGUCGGGGUUGCAGCUGCUGCGGCGGGGUCGGGGCGGCCGCGAGGACGGAAUUUCUCUGCACAGUAUCAACGGGAACGACAUCGUUCUGGUGGCGAUGGUCCGCGUGAUGAAGGUGCCCACAAUCUGUGAUCGGCUGAUCGAGGCUUGCAAGUACGAGUACAAAACGCGCCACCUGAUCGACGGGCGGAUAGUGCAGUGCGACCAUCGCAUCUCGGUGGUCGCCGGUUACAUGACGAACGAGGUGUCCGGCCUGUCCCCGUUCACGUUCAUGCACAAGGACGACGUGCGGUGGGUGAUCGUGGCGCUGCGGCAGAUGUACGACUACAACCAGCCGAAUGGGGAGUCCUGCUACCGGCUGAUGACCCGGACGGGGGAUUUCAUUUAUUUGAAGACGCGUGGCUACCUGGAGGUGGAUGACAGUACGAAGGUGGUCAAGUCGUUUGUCUGCAUCAACACGUUGGUUUCGGACGAGGAGGGUCGCCGGUUGGUGCAGGAGAUGAAGCGCAAGUUUUCGGUGAUCGUGGACCAGAAGGAUCUGCCGGACGAGAGUGACGAACCGGCGGUGGAAAAUCAGCAGCAGAUCGAGCAAGCCGUCAUGAACCUUAUUACGAACUUUCAUCCGUCGAACGAAGAGGACGAACUGCGAGCGUUGCCACCGGCGGCUUCUCCCGGUGGAAGUUCCGGGCCAACCGGGGAUGGAUUGGCCAUCAUCGCUCCGCGACCAAACGCCGUCAAGCUGUCGAUCCUGAAGAGCAUGCGCGUGGUUACGAUCGCGUCCAAAAGGGUGUCCACGUCGUCGUGCUCGGAGACGGACGGUGAGCCGAACAAUACAAGUGCCAUCACGCAGCGACCUUCGGUGCUCCAGAAGACGGAAUCCCGGGUGCCACCGCUGCCCAGCUCGGACCAUUACUUCACCCAGCCUUACUCCCCAGCUGGCAGCACGAGCAGCAGCAGCAGCAACAGCAACAGUUCCAUCCUGUCACCGGCGUCCGCCGCCGCCCAGCAGAACCUAUUCCAGCGGAACAGCCGAAGUCCGUUCGGGGGCAGCAUACCGCCACCGUUGUCCCCUCCCGGCGGUUCCGGUGGACCGAUGGCCUCUUCGGCGUCGUACGUCCGCGGGGACAACACGGCAAGUGGCCACACGAGGACCGCAAGCGUGCUCAAGCGAACGUACAGCAACAGCAGCAUCAGCAGUUCCGAAGGUUCCGAACUUAAACGUCCCAAAGCUAGUCCCUCCGAUCUGAGUGCCUGUUUAAGUGAACUGGUCGAUCCCGGGGCGGAUUUGACCACGCUGCUGCCGGAUGCGUUCGACGCCGUGGAUCAGUCACUGCUCACGAUGGAAAGCACGACGGCCAUCAUGCGGGGACAGGUGGGCGAGUACGAGGAGCUGCACGGGGCACAGGUGCAGCAGCAUCGGCUCGACAAGAUUGCGGAGGAACAACAAGAGCACCGCGAAAUGCUACAGUCAAUUCAGCAAGAGUUCACCCUGCAAAUCCAGUCGAACGGUGGUGGCGGCGGCGCAGCCGGAGGAUUAGCUGUGGCCGCCGCUGGUGGCAAUGUUGGCGCGCUCCGUCGCAUCGAUCCGGUCAUAAUGCGGCCCGAAGGCCCCACGGUGGACGUUCCCGCGGCAGUGGCAGUAACCACAUCGGUCAUUACGCCCAACAGCAACAGCACGAGCAGCUCGCACUUUUACCACCGGGGUGCGGAUUUAAGUCCGAGGUAGUAACUAGUCCGAGGCUCAGGUUUGGAUGCGAGUUUUGCGAGCUUAUUUUUUGGGUUUUUAUUCUGAUGGGAGAGGGGAAGAGCAACGCAGAGAAUAAACCGGAGGCAAACCCUAACAAAUACAAAGAUUAUACAAAACUGUUUGAGAGGAUAACACUAACUACAUGUAGUUAAGAUUUGGUGUAAGAGUAGGGCGAAAAGAAAUAGAAAAAAAUUAAACAAGGAAAACCGUGCGUGAUAUGAGUUUUUUCACAUUGAAAUUGAUAGUAUUGUUCCCAUCCACAAAAUUUUCCGAAACUAGAACAGAUUGACUUUAUUGACUACUUUGUAAAAUGUGUAUAUUGUAAACUAGACGUAAUGUGAUUUGUAUAAAAGAGACAAAUUUAUAACUGUGUGCGGAAAACGAUAUCGAGUGUGCGCGAAGGGACUAAACAAAUAAAAAAAAAACAAAA